CUCACGAACCCCAAGUCAACAACCCCCCUCCGGACUGCCGACGCUGACGCCCAGCGCACACUCCGCCGUCGCCAUCAUGGAGUCUGAGCUCUCACCCAAGUUCGCCCCCUUCAUCGGGAUGGCCGGCAUCGCCGCCGCCAUGGUCUUUGGCUGCAUUGGAGCUGCCUACGGGACCGCCAAGUCGGGCAUUGGCAUCGCAGGUGUGGGAACCUUCCGGCCCGACCUCAUCAUGAAGUGCCUGAUCCCCGUCGUCAUGUCCGGUAUCAUCGCCGUGUACUCGCUCGUCAUCUCCGUCCUCAUCGCCCAGGACUUGAACCCCCCGGACAAGGAAAGCUAUUCGCUCUUCUCAGGCUUCCUGCAUCUCGCAUGCGGCAUUUCGGUGGGAAUGACCGGCCUCGCGGCCGGCUACUGCAUCGGCAUCGUCGGCGAGAACGGCGUCCGCGCAUACAUGGAGCAGUCGAGGAUCUUUGUCGGCAUGGUGCUGAUCCUCAUUUUCGGCGAGGUCCUGGGUCUCUACGGCCUCAUCGUCGCCCUGCUCCUCAACACGCGCGCCAAGGGCUGAACGCCGCGCGGGAAUACAUGACAUCCGAAACCAGAUCGAGACGUGUACAGAGUACUAUUGGAGCGCAGAGCACUGGCCUUUCGUACCCGGGCGGCAAGGGCAAGCAAUUUCUUACAAGCUGCAUGGGGCAUGGCGUUAUGGAACGUGUAUAUUUACGGCGGCAGGGUAGAGCUGAGGCGGGGCGCGCGAUGGGAGCGAAGCUGCACUGUCUUGCGCAGGUACAUGAAUGUCUUUUGUCACGCGCUUCCACGCCGCACGGCACGUCGUGGCCCAUCACUCUACGUGGUAGGGUAUGCAGUUUUGCUUCAAGCCAAAGCAGCGGCCCUAUAUUGCGCGUCCUCUGGAGCGCGUUUGUCAAGGACUAUAUACCGCACAUCGAGCAGAGAUGCGUUGCGUUUCCCCCACCAGACCCAUAUCGAAUGAGAGACGAGAAGAGCCAAAUACGAGC